AAAGCCUUGCUCAACCUCGCCGUCAAGGACGAAAAGAACAAAAUCAAUAUUGUGGAGGCUGGUGCAUUAGAACCGAUAGUUAGUUUCCUAAAGUCUCAAAAUGUAAAUCUGCAGGAGUCUGCAACUGCAUCAUUGCUCACACUAUCUGCCUCUUCGACCAACAAACCAAUUAUCAGUGCUUGUGGUGCCAUUCCUCUUCUUGUAGAGGUCCUUAGAGAUGGAAGCCCCCAAGCUAAAGCUGAUGCAGUAAUGGCUCUUUCUAAUUUAUCAACUCACCCUACUAAUCUCAGUACCAUUCUCGAGACAAACCCAAUCCCUUUCAUAGUUGAUCUUCUUAAAACCUGUAAAAAGUCCUCAAAAACAGCUGAAAAAUGCUGCGCUUUGAUAGAAUCCUUGGUGGAUUAUGACGAGGGCAGAACUGCCCUGACAUCUGAGGAAGGCGGGAUUCUGGCAGUUGUGGAAGUUCUUGAAAGUGGCACUCUCCAAAGUAGGGAGCAUGCUGUUGGAGCACUGUUGACAAUGUGCCAAAGCGAUCGAUGUAAAUACCGGGAACCAAUUCUAAGAGAAGGUGUCAUUCCAGGACUUCUUGAGCUUACUGUUCAAGGGACACCUAAGUCUCAGUCAAAAGCACGCACCCUUUUGCAGUUACUGCGAGAGUCUCCUUAUCCGAGAUCUGAAAUUCAACCUGACACUCUGGAGAAUAUAGUGUGCAACAUCAUAUCACAGAUUGAUGGGGAUGAUCAAUCUGGUAAAGCAAAGAAGAUGCUGGCUGAGAUGGUUCAAGUAAGCAUGGAACAAAGUCUGAGACAUUUACAACAAAGGGCUCUCGUCUGCACCCCAAGUGAUCUUCCUAUCGCUGGCUGUGCUUCUGAAGUUUCUUCAAAAUGAUAGUUGCCGCUGGCCAACUCUGCCUCUUUCUCAGUUUUCUUCACCUUUUUUUGUCUCUGCAUUUGGGGUUUGUGAGGUAAAUUUCCAGAGUAGAAAACGGAAAAAAAUAAGGAAUAAUACAUAGUGAAGAAUUAUGCCAGUCCAGGCCAUUGUGGAGGUAUCGAGUGACUGGUAAUUGUCAAUAAACUAAGUUGUCAGUGGUAAAGGUCAUGAUUUUGUAGUUGGUUUGUAAAGAAACUGCUGUAUAAAAUGACAUACAAGUGGUAAAAAGCUCCUUGUCCAAAAUUC